AGAAAAAAACUCAAUUGAACGUUGUGAAGCAAGGAAAUAUCUUCACACUCGAACUUGUCUCUUAACCUUACGAUUUAUCUCCAUCUUCCUUUUUAUAAUAGACAUAAUCGACAAUUUGAUUGCACUAAUAAACAUUGCAAUCUGACUAUAAUUAUUCGUCCAAUUCAAAGUGAAUAAGUGAUUAUUUAAUGCCGUAGAAAAGUUCAUCGAAAUUGAACGAAUUUGGAUGAGGAUCGAACGGAGAAGUGUCCGGCCGGCGCUAUGACCUCCAGUUGAAUUCAAACAAGUUUUUAUGUAGUUCGUUUUCUCGAUUACCAAACAAGCAAAGAUCAUGAUCAGCUCAAUUCCUUCUCCCAGCCCGUUGAAUCAGUUGACGUCCGCUCUCCCAUUUCGCGCUAAAAGUAAGAUGAAGGCUCCAGCAAUUUCUGCUCGUCUUGACGAUUCUAAGAACUCAGCUAAUCAGCAACUCAAUCUCUCUGUCCUCCGGUUCACACUCGGGAUUCCUGGGUUGGAUGAGUCUUACUUACCCAGAUGGAUUGGAUAUGGAUUUGGUUCUCUUCUUCUAUUGAAUCACUUUGUUGGUUCGAAUUCAGCUGCUCUCACCACCCCAGCACAGUUAAGAACUGAGGCUUUAGGCAUUUCCUUGGCAGCAUUUUCUAUUGCACUUCCCUACUUGGGGAAGUUUCUUAAGGGUGCAGUUCCAUCUGGCGAAGCUACCCUCCCUGAAGGCACUGAACAAAUAUUUCUCUUGUCACAAAUUGUAUCGGAUAACUUGAAGGAAGACAUUGCUUGGGCAACAUACAUCUUGCUGCGCAGUACAAACAGUAUAUCAGUGUUAAUUCAGACUCAAGGGGCAUUGUGUGUUCGAGGAUACUGGAAUAGUCCAAAUGAUAUAUCAUCAGCAGAUUUACUUGCCUGGUUUGAGGAGCAGCUUCAGAGCAUUGGCCUAUCUGCAUUAAAGGAUGCCGUCUAUUUCCCUCAGAUUUCAGAAUCUGGACUGUGGCAAAUGCUGCCCAAGGGCACUCGCUCGGUUUUGGUACAGCCGGUGGUUCAGAAUCUAAAGCAAAGUGGAAAUGAGAUGGAAAAGAUGGGAGGAUUCAUACUGCUGGCCUCAAGUUUAAGUUAUGCAUUUAGCGAUAAAGAUAGAGCCUGGAUAAGAGCACUUGCCAACAAGUUUGAUGACAGAGCCAUCCUCUGAUAUUCGUGUGGACCUAAGUAGUAAAUCUAUUCGAUAUUCUUUUUGACAAUUGACAUGUGCAUUUAUCUGAGUUAAAGGUACUGGUAGUUGUUUUUGCAGAUAUAAUUCGGAAAUUAAUUUCUUUUUGGUUCACAAUAAUGUUGGGGUGGGUGGGGACUUGAACCUUCAUUUUCAAGGAAAGCUCAUUAUGCACAGAUUGACAUACAAAAGUUACUUUUUAGUGCAA